GCAGGGAUGGACAGUUGGGCUUUGAACUGUAAAUGAUCAAGAUGGGAGACAGCGCGUGUCGGCUGCUCCUUGCCCUGGCUUGCGUGGUGGUACUACUGACCGCACGCCUCCACGCCCUCAAUACUGACGAAUCACAGGCUAGGGAGUUUAUGAAGGAACUCGACGUUAGAUACAACCAUGAGUGUAAUCAAGAGAUGUCAGCUCGUUGGGACUACAUCACCGACGUCACCGACCCAGACAAGGAGAACGCUGCCAACGCAGCAUGUGACAGCUAUACGAGGUUUAAGAGGGAAGCGGCCGUUGAAGCCUCACAGUACCAGUAUGAUGGGUUCAGCGACUUACAGCUCUAUCGUCGCUUCAAGUUGCUCGCUAAUAAGGGAGCUGGAGCCCUCGACACCCAUGACUUGAUGGAGUAUGAAGCUCUACAAGCAUAUAUGGAGAGGACCUACAGGACCGCCACUGCCUGUCACUUCCAUGACCCCAACCAAUGUGACCUGACCAUCGACCCUGACAUUGAGGCUAUCAUGGCUCACUCACAAGACUGGGAGGAGCUUCGCUACGCCUGGGAACAGUGGAGGGAGAACACAGGCCAAGUGGUGAAAGAAGAUUUCAAGAGGUUUGUCGAGCUCUCCAACAAGGCUGCUAAGCUUAAUGGUUACGACAACACUGGAUCAUCCUGGCUGGAGCGGUACAGUGUGGAUGAGAGGGAGGUGAAGGUGUACACUGAUGCCUAUUCCCUCGACCAGCGGCAAUUCAAGGAGAUGGUUGACUCCAGGUGGCAAGAGGUCUCCAACUUAGUCUACAAGAAGCUCCAUGCCUACGUCAGGAUGCGUCUACAGAAAGUGUACCCUGGAAAAAUCGACCUGACAGGACCAAUCCCUGCACAUAUCCUAGGCAACAUGUGGGCUCAGGACUGGUCGAAUAUCGCUCACCAUGUCAUGCCCUUCCCAGAGAUGCCGAGCUAUGACGUCACAGACAGUAUGGUGCAGAAUCACUGGGAUAUAGAAAAGAUGUUUGAGACAGCUGAGGACUUCUUCACAGGUCUUGGUCUGUAUGGAAUGACUAAGACCUUCUGGCAGGAGAGUGUUGUCAACAAGACUGCCUGGGACAAGUCCAUGUUAUGUCAACCUACAGCUGAAGACUUCUGUUUGGGACCAGAGGGUGAUGAUUACAGGAUCAAGAUGUGUACUAAGGUUAACAUGGACGACCUUAUCACCAUACAUCAAGAGAUGGGUCAGAUCGAGUACUUCAUGGCUUAUAAGAAUCAGCCACAUGUCUUCAGGGAGUCAGCCAUACCUGGUUUCUCUGAGGCCAUAGGUGACCUGGUUUCCCUGUCAGUGUCAACUCCUCAACAUCUAGAGAAGGUGUUGGGCCUCACUCCUGACCGCCACUCCCCUGCCGUCUCUCGUCAGCUGGGGUACACGGACGUCCAGAAGCGAGAUCUUAACUUCCUCAUGAAGAUGGCACUGAAGAAGAUCGCUUUCUUCCCCUUUGGGUACCUGGUUGACCUGUACCGCUGGGGAGUGUUCGACCAAUCCAUCCCCUUGGAGCAGUUGAAUGCUGGCUGGUGGGAUUUGAGGGAGUCAGUACAGGGUGUGACUCCUCCCGCAGGACAACCCCGUAAUGAGGAUUUCUUUGACGCAGGAUCCAAUUAUCACGUGGCUGCCAACAUGCCCUACAUCAGGCACUUCAUCAGUCUCAUCCUGCAGUUCCAGUUCCAUUCUCAUUUGUGUGACACUGCCGGCCACACUGGACCACUCUACACCUGUGAUAUCUCCAAUAACGUCGCCGCUGGUCAAAUCCUCAGAUCUGCCAUGGAGAAAGGUUCCUCACAGCCCUGGCCCCUAGUGGUGAUGGAGCUGAGUGGGUCACUGUACCUGGACUCUCUACCUAUCAUCAACUAUUUCCAGCCUCUGAUUGACUACCUGGAGGAGGCGCUGCAGGAGGCCUACCAGUGUGUCGGCUGGGGAGAUGACUGUUUACAAGUUGGCCUGUUACAACAUUCAGGAGGUUUUGAAGACUCGGGAUAUCAAGAUGCAGAUACAACUAAUUCAACAGCAAAAACUUCCGUUACUUCCACAGAUACUACACCAACAACUACUUCCACAACGACAUCUACAACUACUUCCACAACGACAUCUACAACUACUUCCACAACGACAUCUACAACUACUUCACCAGCAACAACUUCAGAUACUUCCACAGAUACUACACCAACAACUACUUCCACAACGACAUCUACAACUACUUCACCAGCAACAACUUCAGAUACUUCCACAGAUACUACACCAACAACUACUUCCACAACGACAUCUACAACUACUUCACCAGCAAAAAGUUCCGAUACUUCCACAGAUACUACACCAACAACUACUACCACAACAACAUCUACAACUACUUCACCAGCAACAACUUCAGAUACUUCCGCAGAUACUACACCAACAACUACUACCACAACAUCAUCUACAACUACUUCACCAACAACAACUUCAGAUACUUCCGCAGAUACUACACCAAGUACAACAGUAUCACCACCAGUGUCUACUAUUAGUACAACAGAAACUUCAGAGUCAACAACGGUAACGGCAAAUCCCCGGGAUGAUGAGGAGGAAGCGAGAAUCAAAAUGGCCGACAUGAAUGACAAAAUGAGUAGGUGUGUUCAUGAAGCGACUGUGGCUGACUGGACUUAUUACACCAACAUCACUGGUUCUCACGCUAAUGCCUCGAAUGCGGCAUGGACAACAGUGAGCCAAAAAUUUAAAGACUUCCACGAGAGCAUCAUUUCGUUCUACCACUAUGACAGUUUUGGUGAUGAAACACUCAUACGCCAAUUCAAAUUACAGGAGAACUUAAAAACAGCGGCUCUUAAGGACACAGAUCUACAAGAGCUGUACAAUGCCAUCCAGGGUAUGAGAGAGACUUAUACCAAGAAGAUCUGUCACUACGAUCAUAAAAAAUGUGAGACCUCCGGUGAAUAUGGCCUUACCUUCGACCAAUUGGAGGAUGAGAUGUCGACGACAGGAGAUUAUGAAAAGCUGAAAUACUACUGGUUGGAGUGGCGAGAGUCCUCCUGGGAGAAUAUGAAGGACUACUAUGAAACUUACGUCAAGUUAAUGAACAUUGCUGCCACCAGUGAUUCAAACGGCUUCAAGAACGCUGAGGAUAUGUGGAUUGAUGCUUAUACUGAAGGCAACUACACCGCCGACCACUUCAAGCACGACAUUGGAGACCUGUGGAGCCAGAUUCAACCGCUCUAUGAGAAACUGCACGCGUAUGUUCUACAUAAGCUCAAGGGUGUAAAGUCUUACAAGGGUAAAUUCGACGAGAAGGAUGUCAUACCGGCUCAUGUCCUAGGUAGUAUGUGGGGUCACAAUUGGGUGAACAUCUAUGACCUAGUGAAGCCUGAGGAAGGAGACGACAUCCCAGAUAUUACUGCAAACCUCACUGACAAAGUGAACAACACGAGGGACAUGCUGUGCCUGGCUGAGAACUACUACCGCAGUUUGGGCAUGUACAGUAUGACGUCAGACUUCUUGAAGAAUAGUCAGAUUGGCAGGGUCGACGAUCGCACCGUCAUAUGUCAUCCUACCAGCUGGGAUUUAGUUAGUGGCUACAACGACACUACAGAUGAGGGUCAAUUCAGAAUCACUAUGUGCUCCAACACGACCCAGGAGGACCUACUGGUAAUGCACCACAGGAUGGGUCAAACAGAGUAUCAGAUGUACUACAGCAACGAACCAAUGGACACAAUGCCCCUCGUGUUCCGGCGAGCUGCCAACCCUGGUUUCCAGGAAGCCGUUGGGGGUGCCAUUACCCUCUCUGUCAGUACACCCAACCACCUGGAGAUGAUCGCCGAUGUUCUCAACGGGGGGGACCUCAGUGAACUCUGCGAUGAUGGUGUGGUGUUCGAAAAACCUGACGUUAGUGAUGUUGUCAACAUCAAGUUCCUCAUGAAGACAGCCCUGGAGAAGAUCCCCUUGCUUUCCUUUGCCUACAUAGUAGACCAGUGGCGAUGGGAACUGUUUAACAAGAGUGACUCGGAAUACAACAAAGAAUGGUGGCAAAAGAGGCUGGAUGUACAAGGAGUAUUCCCACCAGAAAACCGUUACCCCAUCUCCAACUUCGACCCAGGUAACCUGUUCGAGGUAGCCUUCAGUAUACCCUACAUAAGCAACUUCGUGGGAAUCAUCUUGCAGUUCCAGAUUCAUCGUAACCUGUGUGAACUCGUUGGUUAUAACAAUGAAACCAUAUCUAAUUGUGAUUUAUACAACAAGAUAGAGGCCGGCAAAGCUCUAAGAGAGAUGUUAGCUAAGGGAGCCUCAGAACCGUGGCGAAAACAACUUGGAGAAUUCCUUUAUGAUAAUGAGACUAAUGGUGAGAUGAAUGCUAUGGCUAUGUUGGACUACUUCAAACCACUAGAAGAAUAUCUGGAUGAAUAUAUCAAGAACAAUACCAUUACGACAAAGUGGAAUAAGGAUAAAGUGGAAGAUUACAUGGAUCCAGAACCAACAAUUAUUCCAGCCACUGUGCCUAUUGUGGUGGGGGCAGUGUUGGCAAUCAUGGUGGUGGUGGUGAUUAUUGCCUAUGUCGUGGGCCGGAAGAGGCAGAAGAAGAAGGACGAGGAGGCUUUGGCCGCCGCAUCAACUAUAGCCAAGGUGCCCGGGGAACAAAUCGAAAUGGAUGCUGAUGAUCGGACAGGAGCUACUUCUUCUAAUGAUGUCCUGUGAACAGUUGUUGAUGAAUAAAGAAAAGGAAGAUAGAAAAGAAGGAGAAGAAAAAGAAGAAUAGGAGGAAGAUACAGAACACAAAGAAGAAGACUAUGAAGAGGGGAGCACAAGAGAAAGAGGAGAAGAAAAGAGGAGAAAGCAAGGAAGAGUUAAUGAAAGUAAAGGAUGGAUGAUAGAUAAAUAAUAAAAUGGAGUAACAGUUAAAGAAAAAUGAAUAAGGAAUUUAAAUCAGAACCAAAAGACUAAACAAGAGAAACAGCAAAGGAGAAAGAGACGGGGGGGAAAAAAGUGAAGUGAUCAAAAGGAAAAUAGCCAGGGAGUGUGUACAGUAUAAACAAGAGUGAGGGACGAGGUGAACUGCUUGUGUGGGUGGAAAGAGAGGAAGGUGGAUCACGAGGUAGAUUGACAAACCAGACGUAGGUGAGGAGGUAGAAGGAGAGUGAGUAUGAUGACCUGACCAACAGAGAACCUGGAGAUGUAUUGAAUUUAUGGAUCAUUGUUUAAGAUUAGUCUUCCCAGCUUAUAAUGUCAACCUAACUUACCCUAAACUAAUUUAACCUACACUGAUGUAAAUUAACCUAACCUAACCUAACCUACACCGAUGUAAAUUAACCUAACCUAAUCUAACCU